AUGCUCGCACUCUUCCUUGCUUUGAUGGCUGCGGCUUGGCUAAUAGAUGCCGCCGAUGAUAUGAAAUAUUACCAGCCUUGGGGUGCCGUCGUGUACACUCGGACCGGGGAACGCACGCCCAUACUUCGCGGGGAUCCUCAAAUCCUCAGUGCUGUAGGGGCUCAACAGAUGUAUAAGCUCGGGCAGAACUUCAGAGGACGCUACAUUAAUGCUUUGGGAGGGCAUACUGGACUUGGUCAAGAGCCGAUUCAGUCAUUGUCACCAGACCUCAUCAACUCCAACCAGCUCAAAAUCAUGACCUUGGACACUCCGUACCUUGUUGCUUCGGCCCAGGCCUUUCUACAGGGGCUAUAUCCUCCGUACACUCUUAAUAGCACUCGCGCAGGACUAGCUGGGGACGCCACAGGUAUUCUAGCCAAUAACUCGGUGAUUGACUUUCCCAUGGGAGGCUACCAGUAUCCCCAGAUCGAGGUCGCAGGCGAGUAUGACCCCAACGGUAUCUACUUGGGAGGCGACCAGAGCUGCCCGCUCUCUUCUCAGGAAAGCAUGAUGUACCUUACGACCAAACAAUUUCUUAAUACUCAGACCCUAACUAAGUCGUUCUAUGAGGCUAUAGACGCAUCAUAUUUCGACGGGCAUCUGGCACAGGACAAAAUAGAUUAUAUUAAUGCCGUCGCCAUCUACGACUAUCUCUCCUACGGUUAUGUCCAUGACAGCCAAACCUAUAAAACCUUCGCCAACGACUCCACUUACGCAGGCGUCUACGACCAGCUCCGCUACUUAGCCGAUGAGCAAGCUUGGUACUACUGGGGAAACACUUCUCAAUCCACUUCUGACAACGACACCCGCGCCAUGGCUGGAAAGACAAUCUCCGCGCUGAUCCUGGGCCAGUUCCAGAAGAUCGUCACAGAGAGCGGCAAUUCCACAAACGGCAAGUCGCACCUACUUUCCCUCUUCUUUGGUGAACAUGAGCCAUUCAUCUCCCUCUUCUCCCUAAUGGAACUGGACUUUAUCAACGAAAACUUCCGCUCCAUUCCUCCUUUCGCAUCAUCGAUGGUCUUCGAGCUCUUCAGCAUGGGAUCUGGUAAUGACCCUUUCCCUUCCGAUCCCCAGGACCUCUGGAUACGCUUCUACUUCCAAAACGGCACAGACUUCAAAGGCUCCCUUCAAGCCUACCCAAUGUUCGGCCGAGGCCCAUCCGGGACCGACAUGCCCUGGCUAGACUUCCAAAACAUGAUGAGUAGAAUCAUGACCAACACGCUGCAAGACUGGUGCGGGCAAUGCAGCUCCGGGGCGCUAUUCUGUUGGGGCGUCGACAACUCCACCAUCAAUAUCAUCACCUCGGGCUCUCAAUCGCGCGGUGUCACACCGACCGUAGCCGGCGUCAUCGGCGCCGUAGUAACUCUCGCUGUCGCGGGAAUCCUCUUCGCGCUCGCCAUGCUCAUCGGUGGAAUCCGCUUCCAUCGUGUCCAGCCAAGUAAGAAGUCCGAACUUGGAGGCUUCAAGGGCUCCGCAAAAUUAGCUAGCGAUCCUGAUUUGCAUCUCGCGAAGAACGGGGUUGCACCGGCGGGAAUCGUGAGUCUUGGGGCGAGUGAUACGAAGAGGGUGGCACACGAGAGAGUUGGGAGCUGGGAGCUCAGACAAAAGGAGUUUGGACCUGGAGGGGCGAAGUCAGGGGAUUUGGGGGAUGAAAGCAGGAGGGGGAGCUUUGAGGCUAUUGAGGCCGCUAUGAGUAAGCCUGUGCAGCCUGAUGAGAGGGUCUGA